CCGGCCGCCUACUCGAUGGUAGGGCCGCUGGCCGCUGGGCCUCUGGACGCCGCCAUGUUGGAGGCUCGGGGAGGGAGGCAUGGCUGCCCGCGGCCGGGGGACGGUCGGAGCCGGGCCGGCCCCGCCGCGCAGAUGCUGGAGGUGCGGCCGGGGCUGUACCUGGGUGGAGCCGCGGCCGUGGCGGAGCCGGACCAGCUGAGGGAGGCGGGCAUCACGGCCGUGCUGACGGUGGACUCGGAGGAGCCCGACUUCAAGUCGGGCGCUGGGCUGGAGGGUCUGCGGAGCCUCUUUGUGCAGGCGUUGGACAAGCCCGAAACGGACCUGCUCAGCCAUCUGGACCGGUGUGUGGCCUUCAUCGGGCAGGCGCGCGACGUAGGCCGCGCGGUGUUGGUGCACUGUCAUGCAGGAGUCAGUCGAAGUGUGGCUAUAAUUACUGCUUUUAUGAUGAAGACUGACCAGCUUACCUUUGAAAAAGCCUAUGAAGAGCUCCAGACCCUCAAACCAGAGGCGAAGAUGAAUGAGGGAUUCGAGUGGCAACUGAAAUUAUACCAGGCAAUGGGCUAUGAAGUAGAUACUUCCAGUGCAGUUUAUAAGCAAUAUCGUUUACAAAAGGUUACAGAAAAGUAUCCAGAAUUACAGAAUUUACCUCAAGAACUCUUUGCUGUUGACCCGACCACAGUUUCACAAGGAUUGAAAGAUGAGGUUCUCUACAAAUGUAGAAAGUGCAGGCGAUCUUUAUUUCGAAGUUCUAGCAUUUUGGAUCAUAAUGAAGGAAAUGCUCCUAUAGCCUUUCCCCACAAGAGAGUGACGCCAUCUUUGAUGCUCACCACAGGGAAUCAGGCUCAGUGUACGUCAUACUUCAUUGAACCUGUACAGUGGAUGGAAUCUGCGUUGUUGGGCGUGAUGGAUGGACAGCUUCUUUGCCCCAAAUGCAAUGCCAAGUUGGGUUCUUUCAACUGGUAUGGUGAGCAGUGCUCCUGCGGUAGAUGGGUAACACCUGCCUUUCAAGUGCAUAAGAACAGAGUGGAUGAGAUGAAGACGCUGCCGGUUUGGGGGCCACAGGCAAGAAAAGUAUGAGCUUGUGUCGCCUUUGAGAGCCUGGGAAGAAACUUGCCGACGCGUGCGUCACUUGCUUAUGGUCAUUCAUGGCAGGUUGUCUAGUUUUUAGACCUUCAACCUUUCAUUUAAUGGGACUUGGAAACUGUGGUGCGUUAGUGUCUUUUACUAUUUAAGUGGAAUACUUUAUAUGGAAAUCAAAACUUGUAAUCAUGUAAAUUAUACUUUAUUUGAUAUUAAAAUUUUGUAUAACCCAGA